GGCGUGAGGAGAAGCGGCGGGUCGGCCGCGAUGCCGAUGUACAAGGAUGAAGUUGAUCCAACACUCCAGGCUCUUGAAUUCCGCCAGGAAGAGAUCUUGAAACGUUUGUAUGAAUUGAAAGCUGCUGUGGAUGGCCUCUCAAAAAUGAUCCAGACACCAGAUGCAGACUUCGAUGCCACUAACAUAAUUCAAACAGAUGACCAUGUUUCUCUAACUGUCAGCUCUGCAGAACUUGAUAGUCUGCUUGGGAAGGAUUACGGUGGCCUGAAGGAUAUUGUCAUCAAUGCGAGCCCCUCUUUCCCUCCACUGUCGUUGUUAAUUCUUCACAGUUUUCUGUGUGAGAAGUACAAGAUCCUUUCAACGGUUCACACACACUCAUCCGUGAAAAACGUGCCAGAAAAGCUCCUCAAAUGCUUUGGUGAGCAGGCAAAGAAACAAUCGCGCCACGAAUACCAGCUGGGCGUUACUUUAAUUUGGAAAGAUGUGCCAAAACCCCAGAUGAAGUUCAGCGUCCAAACCAUGUGCCCCAUUGAAGGCGAAGGGAGCAUUGCUAGGUUCUUAUUCUCCUUGCUCGGCGCAAAGCAUAACGCGGUCACAGCGACUCUGAUAGACAGCUGGGUCGACACCGCCCUCUUCCAACUCCAAGGGGGGAGCAAUAAGGAAAAAGCAGCCGUUCUGCGGGGCAUGAACGCAACCCUGGGCAAGACCUCCUGGCUGGUGGGCAACGAGUUGACGGUCGCAGAUGUGGUGGCCUGGUGUGCCCUUCAGCAGACGGGGGGCACCGAGGACGUCCCGGCCCAUGUGCAGAAAUGGCUGCGGUCUUGUGAGAAUCUGGCACCGUUUAACGCUGCUCUCAAGCUACUGAAGUGACUCUCUCUCCUGCGGGCAGGCAAGCACCUUCAACUCUUUCGACAUCUCUGGCAAUGAAUCUUGAGAGGAUGGUUGGAUAAAUCAGAUUUGAGAAAUAACCAAAGCUGUAAUGCCAAUAAAAGUUCAUCAGAGUUG